UCCUCUCAUAUACAUGUCAGCCUAUAAGGACAACUGGAGAAGAGCUAUCGUGACCAGACGAAUUACUACCAAACGCCACAAGAAUUUCUCAGAACUCUGAAGUCAUGCCUCCUCAUGUUGAGAGCAGUUCUUCUGACGAUGAUGGACAGACAACAAGGCUAUUUCAUAGACGCGGAUCAGUGCAUAAGCUACUCGGUCGACGGAAAGUUGCGGACAUCCUGCUAUGGAGGGACAAAAACCUAUCUGCAGGGAUCCUCGCAGGGGCAACAUUGGUCUGGUUCCUGUUCGACGUAGUUGAUUACAAUGUAGUAACUCUCCUUUGUCACAUGGCACUCCUUGGGAUGCUUCUUCUCUUCAUUUGGUCGAAUGCCGCACCUCUCUUUGACAGUCUCGUGUUUUGCAGGCGGCCUCCACAGAUCCCAGAGGCCAUUGUUUCUGAAAAAGCAUUCAGAGAAAUUGCACAGACUGCCCAGUACAAACUGGCUCACUUUGUAUCAAUCCUAUACGACAUUGCAUGCGGGAAGGAUCUUAAGAAGUUUCUCAUGGUGAUUGGGUCUUUGUGGGUACUGGCAGUAGUUGGAGAUACUUGCAGCUUCACCACACUGUUAUAUGUUGGCUUUUUGUGUGCUCUUACUUUACCGCCAUUAUAUGAAAGAUACGAAACAGAAGUGGACCAUCUUGUAGCCAAAGGGGGUGAAGACCUCAAGAAAUUCUACGAGAAGGUUGACUCCAAUGUCCUCAACAAGAUACCAAGAGGCCCAGUCAAAACAAAAGUUCGCUAAGAUGUUCUUCGAAUUUCCCUAAGUUGUCAGGACACGCAAAUAGUCCCAUACUCCCAUAUAUAUAUGUAAAAAAUAGUAAGUUAGUAACCAGUUACUGGAUUUAACUUCAAAAUAAUUUAUGGUACGAAAUUGUGCAUGCUA